AUGGAGAACACUGCGGAGAAACCAAGCGGAAACAAGGCCCCCAGCACCAAGAACACGGCUCAGCUCUCCAAAAUCCCACAUCAUAUGCUCUCCACGGUUCUACAUCAAAUCAUCACUCAGCAAGCGGAGAACACCACUGCAACUUGGCCUAUCAUCCCCACUGCGUUGAGGAGCAAGAGGAGGAACUACAACAGGCAAAUGCGGAGAACACUGCGGGAGAAACUAAGCGGCAACAAGGCCACCAUCGUCAAGAACACGGCUCAGCUCUCCAAGAUCCCACGUCAUAUGCUCUCCACGGUUCCACAUCAAAUCAUCACUCAGCAAGCGGAGAACACCACUGCAACUUAG